AUGGAUUCGAUCGAAAAUUUUGAUGCCUUGAACAACAAUCUUAGAGAGUGUUUCACAGACAUGGGCUCGUUUCUUAAAGACCAGAAGAUCAUUGCCUCCACAAUAAUCGACUUAUGGUCUGGAUUAUACGGUAAGGAGAAUAUCACUUGCAUGAGUUACCUCCAAGAUCUUGCCUCCCACAAUCUCCUUAAACUUCUUCCUCUUGGGAAAAAUGAGUAUGUAGAUUGUUUCUACAAUGAGUUAUUGGUUAGACAAGACACUGCCUUUAGAGAGUUUGCUAUACAUCAAUGUGAAAAGGAGUCGGUUUCGAUCCUCCAAAGGAAAAGAUUAAACAUGGAUAUCCAAGAGAACAAGUUCCCUGACUGGUGUUUAAAUCUAAAACAGCCUGUUGUUUUGAACGCUUCUCUACUAUCUGUCUCUACUGAUGAUUCAUUUACAUCGUGUUGGGUUGAAAUGGAUUGUCCAAACGUUGAAGUUUUAGUUCUUAAUCUCUAUUCAUCAAACUAUGCAUUACCAAACUUCAUUGCUACAAUGAAGAAACUGAAAGUUGUGAUGAUCAUGAAUCACGGUCUUGAACCUUCAAAGUUGACCAACUUAUCGUGUCUCAGCUCAUUACCUAACCUAAGACGGAUCAGAUUUGAGAAAGUUUCAAUCACUUUGCCUGACAUUCCCAAGCUUGAUCUCAAUAGUCUCGAGAAGCUAUCGCUUUGGUUGUGUCAUUUCGAUGAGGCUCUUAACGAGUCAGAGUUUGAUGUUUCUGAAACUUUACUACAGAGUUUGCAAGAAAUCGAGAUAGAUUAUUGUUACAACCUUGUUGAGUUACCACAUUGGGUCUCUCAAGUUGUUUCAUUAAAGAAGCUUAGCAUCACGAAUUGUAACAAGCUCUGCAGACUCUUGGAAGCUAUAUGCAACUUGAGGAACCUUGAAAUGCUGAGGGUGGUCUCUUGUAGUAGUUUCUUUGAGCUUCCUGAAACGAUCAAGAUACUUAGCAAUUUGCGGUUUCUAGACGUUUCUGGAUGUUUUCAACUAAAAAGGUUACCUCUAGAGAUUGGAAAAUUGCAGAAGUUGAAGAAGAUUUCCAUGAGAGAUUGUUAUCGAUGUGAAUUGCCAGAUUCAGUAAAGAAUCUAGAGGACCUGGAGGUGAAAUGCGACGAAGGGACUGUGUUCUUAUGGGAAGGAGUCAAAUCUAAAAUGAAGAAUCUGACAAUCACAGAAGAGGAAACAGAGCAUAACCUUAACUUGCUUCGGCUGUUCUGA